CUAUAAAUUCGGAGGGAAAACCUCUCCGAAUCUCCAAACUCCUCCAAUGGCGACCGCGCGCGUCUCCCUCAUCCUCCUCGUCGUCGUCCUCGCCGCCUCCGCCUGCGCGGAGGGGCUCCGGCUGCCCCGCGACGCCAAGUUCCCCGCGGCGCAGGCCGAGCGGCUCAUCCGCUCGCUCAACCUGCUGCCCAAGGAGGCCGGGCCAACCGGCGCCGGGGAUGUCCCCAGCGUGGCGCCCGGCGAGCUGCUUGAGCGGCGGGUCACGCUGCCCGGGCUCCCCCAGGGGGUCGGCGACCUCGGCCACCACGCCGGCUACUACCGCCUCCCCAACACGCACGACGCGAGGAUGUUCUACUUCUUGUUCGAAUCGAGGGGGAAGAAGGAGGAUCCCGUCGUGAUCUGGCUCACCGGAGGCCCCGGAUGCAGCAGCGAGCUGGCCGUCUUCUACGAGAAUGGCCCGUUCACCAUCUCGAACAACAUGUCGCUUGCUUGGAACAAAUUCGGCUGGGACACGAUUUCAAAUAUAAUUUUUGUUGAUCAACCCACUGGAACUGGAUUUAGCUAUAGCUCUGAUGAUCGUGAUACUCGUCAUGAUGAGACAGGCGUCAGCAAUGACCUAUAUAGCUUUCUUCAGGUGUUCUUUAAGAAGCAUCCAGAGUUUGCAAAGAAUGACUUCUUUAUAACCGGAGAAUCUUAUGCUGGGCACUACAUUCCAGCAUUCGCAAGCCGGGUUCACCAAGGAAACAAAGCAAACGAGGGCAUUCACAUAAACUUGAAGGGUUUUGCGAUCGGUAAUGGCCUCACGGAUCCAGCAAUCCAGUACAAAGCUUACACCGAUUAUGCAUUGGACAUGAACCUUAUUAAAAAAUCAGAUUACGACAGGAUCAACAAGUUCAUCCCACCAUGUGAAUUUGCAAUAAAGCUUUGUGGUACCAAUGGGAAAGCAUCUUGCAUGGCAGCAUACAUGGUCUGCAAUUCUAUUUUCAGCUCCAUCAUGAAGCUUGUUGGGACAAAGAAUUACUAUGACGUUAGGAAGGAAUGCGAAGGGAAACUUUGCUAUGAUUUCUCAAACUUGGAGAAGUUUUUUGGAGAUAAAGCAGUCAAAGAAGCAAUUGGAGUUGGCGACCUUGAAUUUGUCUCAUGCAGCACUACUGUUUAUCAAGCAAUGCUGACAGACUGGAUGAGAAACUUGGAAGUUGGCAUCCCAGCUCUACUUGAGGAUGGGAUCAAUGUGCUUAUAUAUGCUGGAGAGUAUGAUCUUAUAUGCAAUUGGCUUGGAAACUCGAGGUGGGUCCACUCGAUGGAAUGGUCUGGCCAGAAAGACUUUGUAUCAUCUCAUGAAUCGCCAUUUGUAGUAGAUGGUGCCGAAGCUGGUGUUUUGAAGAGCCACGGGCCACUCAGCUUCCUCAAGGUCCACAAUGCUGGUCACAUGGUUCCAAUGGACCAACCCAAAGCUUCCCUGGAAAUGCUGAGGAGAUUUACUCAAGGGAAACUCAAGGAGGAAUGGCUUGCCGAGCUUCCUGAGCAACCGAUGUAUGCUGCGAUGUGAUAAAAAUACAACUGAAAUAGUCUAAUAGGUAGUUUGAGUUGCCGUUUCACGGAGUGCCUGAAGCUUCAUGUUUCCUUUUUUACCCUCUUUCUUUUUCCCAAUGUAUCAACUGAAUGCAUAAUUCUGAAAAUAACGUUGGAACCGCGAUGUAACUAAAGUUCCACUCAUGUACACUGCAAAUGAAAAAUCAAAUACAUGGAGGGGAAAUGUUUCAAAGGCC